AUGAAUGUAUUCGAUGGCUCUGAAGAGGAAGAUAACAAUCCUUUCAGUGGAACUACGCAUCUUUAUGCUUCAGGGAUUGCGGCAGUGACGGAUGCGAGAGAUGAUUAUGACUUCCCAGAGCCUGCACUGAACUUUGAAAGCAAUAGUGAUUCAAAUAUAGAGCAUUCAAGAACCGAUGUACCAAAUGUAAUAGCGGAAGCAGAUGAGCGGGAACUAGAUGUAGAAGAUGACACAUUACAUUCAUGGAAGUUUGCAACCUCCGAGUUAUCAAGAAAUAGCGUUUUUGAGACAUCUUAUAUGAACCUUUCACACGGGGAAGACGCACCAGAAGCUAUACGCAUCAUAGACGCAGGUCAAUAUAAAGAUGGAUACGGUAAAUAUGCUAUUGGAUACAAAAUUGAAUUUGGCGGCAUCGUGGUUACAAGGAGGUAUUCAGAAUUUGAUUCAUUAAGGCAGUCUCUCUGUAGGUUAUUACCAACGAUUAUUAUUCCUCCAAUUCCUUCUAAACAUCCAAUUAUCAAAUAUAUCUUUAAUCCUUUACACGUCGAGAAAGAUAUCAGAACUAUUAAUAGGAGGCAACGACUACUUGCGAGGUUCUUGAACAAUUGUCAUAAAGUACAAGAAAUAAGAGAUCAUGUAGUAUUUCAAAAGUUUUUGAACCCCGAAUACUUUUGGAAAGAAGUUUUGAGCUCACCCCCUAUUUCAAUUUUGCCAAUGAAUAAUCUAUUAGCCCCUCCUUUAAAUCCAACCAAGCCUAGUCCUCUUCACUUACUGUUACCAACCCCUAGUACCUUAACAAUGCACAGGAGGGAUGAGCUAAUAGCGGCAAAUGAUGAAACAGAAAAGAAGUUCGUAAAAUACAACUCUGAUCUUGUAAAGCUUAAAGAAAUUUUACAACCUUUACACAAAACUGGUAGAAAUAUCAGAACGAACAUACAGAAUUAUUCUAACGUCUUAUCUGAACUUGGCGCUUACUUCAAUGCUUACAGUUUGGAAAAUAGCGUGUUUCAAGUUGUAUCUCUUAUUGAUCAGAUGAACAGAUUAUCGAUGGGAAUUGAGAAGAUUGGCCAAUCAAUUGAUGUGAGUUAUGUUAGCACAGAACUAUUGAGCGAGGGUAUUGUUUUUAUUCUUGAGGAAAGAACGAAGGAAAUGCUUCAAUUUAUUCACGAGGCACAGAGAGUAUUGCAGUUUAGAAACUUCAAGCAAGAGCAAUACUAUACUAUAGAGAAAACAAUAAAAAAGAGACAGCUCCGAAUCAAGCAAUUAAAGGAAGCCGAUGAACAAUCCAUAAGACUCGGUGAAGCUUUGAAACUGAAUGCCGAAGAAUCGCCUACAGUCGCCCAAGCACUUGAGUCGAUUUCGCAGAAUUCGACCAAGAAACAACCUACAGAUCCACAAUUUAUUGAUAUUAUAAAGUCAAAAAUACCAUCAAAUGGAAAAUCACCCUCGUCAUCGUCUUCCAAUGAACUGGAACCUCAUUUGUUAACACAAGAUGAGAGGGCUUCUCAGGUAAACAAGUUAGAAAGGGAACUAGAAAAGCUACACGAAUGUUUUAGACUCAUUGAAAAGGACCUGCAACAAGUUAAUAAAUCAAUGCAAGGUUCUUUAAACCAUCUUGAUGAAUACUUCAAGGAAACCUGGCAUAUGAUACUUCGUGACCUCUGCCAUCACAUUGUGUCCUGGUUGAAGGAUUGCUCCCAAUCAUGGCACAGCACAAAACAGGCAAUAGAUAGUAUAUAA